AUGUCAGACAACAUGCAGAGGAGUGGCAGAGGAGGCAAUGUUUCAGGAUGCGAGCAGACGUUGGCAGCAGAGGAAAGGGGGUCGAGGCAGCACUAGUUCUCAGCAGCAGAGGCCAGUGCUCCCGGUGUCAUCCAAACUUCUGUGCCCUCGAAACCCUGCCAUCAUCGAUUGGUUGGCUCGGUCGUCUUCCUCUUCCCAGGUCACCUCUGACACCUACAGCCAACGGUCGGUGGGUACGUCAGACACAAACCGUUAGUUGGAUGGGGCCCGGGAGCAAGCCCACUGAAAAUCACGUGUCCUCUACCUGCCCCUGUCCUUUGGUGUUCCCUCACCAAGCGAAGUAUCGCAUGCUGUGGGCUCAGCCCCACUGUACAGUGAGGAAGAGCUAACAGAGGGCGGUCAGGAACGGGGGGAGACAUCCGCCUCUUCAGCAGCCAGGCGAAGAAGUACUGGCGAGGAGAGUGGCUCGGUAGGGUGUCUAGAGACAGGUCUGUCUCCUGACCCA